AACACAAGCGGCUACAAUUUUUUUUUUUCGCUAGCCGUGCAUACAAAUAUGUAUAUAUAUUUGGAGCGAGCGUAUCGGCCAAAUUUCCAUUUCAAAAACAGUCUUUCAACCGUCUACAUCGCUUCAUUCAGCUGGCAGACAAAAAAACACAAAUCGCCCGUACGUAAUUAAAGCGAAUUUGAAGAGGUGACAACGAGUAUCAAGCAAACAAUCAAUCAAAAUGACUUCAGAAAGCGUUAAUCGUAUCAUUGGUGUGAGUGAUAUCACAAACAACCGGAAAAUAUGGAAGAUUCUAUUGGCCGAGUUUUUGGGUACAUUCUUCUUGGUGGCCAUUGGUAUAGCCAGUACAACUGGAGCAUGGAGUGAUGAAUAUAAACCGAGCAUGGUUCAAAUCGCCUUCACAUUUGGUCUGGUCGUUGCAACGCUCGCACAGGCUUUCGGACAUGUUAGCGGCUGCCAUAUUAACCCAGCCGUUACAAUUGGUUUGUUGAUCAGUGGCAACUGUAGCAUUCUAAAGGCGAUCGUGUACAUCAUUGCACAAUGUUUGGGCGCUUUUUGCGGUGCUGCUGUUAUCAAAUUCGCAACACCUGACUUAAUUUUGAAAGGAAAUUUGGGUUUAACUGGACUAGGAGCUCACAUGGAACCAAUUCAAGGUGUAAUCAUCGAAGGAUUGAUUACAUUCAUUUUGGUCUUUGUUGUGCAUGGUGUAUGUGAUGAACGCCGUAAUGACAUCAAAGGAUCCGCACCAUUGGCAAUCGGUCUUUCAAUCACUGCUGGCCACUUAGCUGCCAUUCAAUAUACUGGUGCUUCAAUGAACCCAGCAAGAUCGUUCGGACCCGCGCUCGUUAUGAAUUAUUGGACAAAUCAAUGGAUCUACUGGGUCGGACCAAUUGCUGGUGGUAUUCUAUCUGGAGCUAUCUAUCGUGUUUUGUUCCAAGUGCGAAAAGGUGAUGGUGAUGCGAGCUCUUACGAUUUCUAAGCACGCUUUUGCUUCAUUUUUUAUAAUAUAUCUAUAUAUAAAUAUUAAUUACAACAACAAAAAACACCAAGAACAAGAACAAGAACAAAAAAAAAUCAAAAUCCCCUUAAUCCUUUGUUCACUUGUAAAUAAAUUAUUACUCGAUGAUUUAUUGUUUUUCUUUCGAUUUACUUUAGCAAUUUAGUUUUCAAUUACUAUUAUUUGGUUGAUGUGUGUAUAUGUGUUUUCACAAAUAGCAUGAACGCGAUAUAAACCACAGCAACAACAAACAAAAAUCAUCCAUGUAUACGCAUUCAAACAACAAAAUCUUUUGUUUACAAUUUUUUUUCUUUUUUUUUCUCUUUAAUUUCAUUUUGAUCUGUGCAUGGUUUAUAUUUAUUUACAUUAAGAUGAAAUUUUGAAUCAUAUGUUUCUAUUUUUUUUUUUCGAAUUUUGCUUUUUUCUUGCAUGCGAAUCGUGUAUUUUGAUUAUGGAUUGAUCAACCAAUUCAAUUGAACGUUCUUCUCGUUUUAUCUAUUGUUAUCUUUCUUCUCGAAUAUUCUAGGACCCGACACAGAAGCAUAGAUCUGAUCCAAUACGUUCAAUCGAAUCCACCAUUUGAACAAAAUACAAUUAGUUUAUCUCCCGUGAAAAUGAGAAAAAAAAAACACGAAAUUUCGUUCUUCUCUCAAUUUUCGAUGGAACAAUCAAUAAAAUCUUCAGGAACGAACAAAAAACAUGCAAAAAAAAUAAAUGUCGCUUUACUAUUGUCGUCUUUCUUUCGCUUUAGAAAAAAUGUCGCCUUUUAACAGAAAAAAAAGGAAUAUGUAUUUUUCUUCUAUAUACCAAUUCAUCAAUGUUUUUAUUAUCGACAUAGUUGUUUAGGUGUAUAUUAAUUCAUAGAUGUUACAAAUUUACGAGAAAAAAAAAACAAAAACAAAAUAACCACAAUUCAAAUGAAUACCUUCAAAUUUUAUUGUAAUACAAAUUUAAUUCAAUAAAUGUACAACUAAUAUUUAAUGAAUAAAAUGAAAAUUGAUGUGUUUUCUAUGUCAUCAAAAUGA